GGGGGGAAAGAGGAAGAGUUUGUGAUGACUUAAAAACUCCCUAUGAUUUGUUGUAUUGUUGGGUUGAAACCAUUCAGUCUCUUCUGGCUAUCACCAUCAUUGUCUGUAGUACAGAUUUUUUCCCCUCCUUUCUCCAGACAACCAAAGUUUCCUUCUACGUUUAUACACCAAAACCAGAGGAAGACGCGAACAAAAGCAGGCUAAAGCCUCAACUUUUACUGCUUCUUUGGAGCUUUUUUUUCUCAAUAGUUGGUGGUUUUCGAGCAAUUUGGUUCGUGGGUUCUUGAGGAACACUCAAGAAAGUGAGGUUUCAGUGUUAAAGAUUCAAACUUUAUCUCUGUGAUCUCUGAUUUGUUGCCCUGUUUCCUCAUCUUGGAUUUUGAUGCUUUUUGGAUUUAAAGAUGACUGUUGAGGAAGUCAGAGGAAAUUCAGAAGGUGGAGAUAGGAAUUAUGACAAUUUCCCCGUUGGUAUGCGAGUUCUUGCUGUAGAUGAUGACCCAAUUUGUCUUAAGUUAUUAGACGGUCUGCUCAGGAAAUGUCAGUAUCAUGUUACAACAAGUAGUCAAGCAAGAGCCGCAUUGAAGAUGCUGAGGGAAAAUAAGGACCGAUUUGACUUAGUAAUUAGUGAUGUUCAUAUGCCUGACAUGGAUGGCUUUAAGCUUUUGGAGCUUGUUGGACUUGAAAUGGACCUUCCUGUCAUCAUGUUGUCAGCAAAUAGUGAUCCCAAGCUUGUAAUGAAGGGGGUCACGCAUGGUGCAUGUGACUAUUUGGUGAAACCUGUCCGAAUUGAGGAGCUGAGGAACAUUUGGCAACAUGUUAUCAGGAGAAAGAAGUUUGAUACCAACAAGCAAGGCAAGUCUACUUAUGAAGACAAGGCUCUUCAGGGACAUGGGGAUGUCUGUCAAGGGCAUCAGAACACAGGUACCACAGAUCAGAAUGGAAAACUUAAUAAAAAGAGGAAGGAUGAAGAAGACGAGAGUGAAGAUACCGGAAAUGACCAUGAAGAUCCAUCAACACAGAAGAAGCCUCGAGUUGUUUGGUCCAUUGAGCUACACAGGAAGUUUGUUGCCGCUGUUAAUCAGCUUGGAAUAGAAAAAGCUGUUCCUAAAAGAAUUCUUGACUUGAUGAAUGUUGAAGGGCUCACUAGGGAAAAUGUAGCCAGCCAUCUCCAGAAGUAUAGACUUUACCUGAAAAGGAUAAGUUCAGUUGCAACCCAGCAAGCCAACAUGGUUGCUGCAUUAGGUGGUAAGGAUGCUGCUUAUAUGAGGAUGAGUACAUUAGAUGGAUUUGGAGAUUUUCGGACCUUGACUGGGUCAGGAAGGCUCUCAAAUCCUGCAUUUGCUUCAUACACACAAGGUGGCAUGCUUGGUAGACUGAAUAGUCCAGCAGGCAUCAACCUCCGUAACCUUGCUUCACCUACAGUAGUGCAUCCAAGUCAUGCUCAAACUUUAAACAACUCCACUGGUACUCUUGGGAAAUUGCAUCCAGCUGUUUCUCCAGCAAGUCAUACUGCAACUGUGUUUCAAGGAGUUCCAUCAUCAUUGGAGCUUGAUCAGUUGCAACAGAAUAAGUCAGCCAUGCAUAUUGGUGACUUUAAUCCCAUGGACGACUCAAGGAUUUUUGGUGCUCCUAGUGCUUUUACAGACGCUAGAGCUCUAGCAAUCAACUCAAAUAGCAAUUUAACUGGUGUUCCAAAUAACAGUUUGAUGCUACAGGGGAAUUCCCAGCAAAUACUAGCUGGGGGAGGUUUUGUAGAUCAAUCUUCUUUUCCCUCUGAAUCAUUCAACAGGGAUGUUGGUGUUUCUUCCAAGUUUGUGGAUCAUGGUAGAACUAAUGAGAACUGGCAGAGUGCAGUUCAGUUAUCAAAAUUCCCUUCGAAUGCUUUGGCACCAAAUGACUCUUUCAGCCAAGGACAAUUGCUUCUCUCCAAUGUGAGAGACAAUAAUUCUUCAGCUGGACCUCAUCAACAGAACAGCCCUCUUGGAUUUUCUUCUACUGCGACCACUGCAGCUCCUCUUGAAGAUUCAAGAGGAGAAAUACAGUGUCAAGAAGGCUUGGUUAGUGGUAGUGUUCAAAAUUUGAGCCAAGCAUCAGCCCAGCGGUGGGGGGUUUCUAAGCAGAGUUAUUCACUCAACUCGAAUAAUAGUUUCAGCACCUUAAAUCCUCAGGCUUCUCCUCCUUUAAGUCAGAGCAUGGGACAAACUGGAAUCACGGACAGAAGGAUGGAUAUAUGUUUAACUGGCCAAUCAGGUGUGGGCAUUUCAUCUUUCUUGCAGCACAGUCAAGUUGAGAACCCAACAACGGGGUCAAGAACAAGGUCCAGUGAAGACUACAUGCUGGAACAAAUAAGACCACAAGGAGGUUUUGUUCCUAAUAGCUAUGACUCCUUGGAUGAUUUAAUGUCUGCAAUCAAACGGGAACCAAAUGGAAGCAUGUUUGACGGUGACAUGGGUUUUGAUGCUUACCAAUUUGGGUCAUGCAUAUGAGGAUUGUGGGUAGUGGCUCGUCCAGAAAGACCAGUGGAACCAACUUCUUAGAACUCACUCUUUAGGAGCUGUAUCAUUAUGUAAUCUCCUCUCUCUCUCUCUCUCUCUCUCUCUC